AUGCUUUGCGAGCAAGCCGACCUCCUGCCGCAGACGAACGGCGCGACGCCCUCCCAAACUUGGGCUGAAUCCACUCGCGCCGCCAACGCUGACCCGCGCGACGCGUCAAUGCCGCCUCUGCCUCAAAUCAUGUCGGUCGUCGACAUUGACGCCCUCUGCAGCGGCUGCUUUGUCGUGAAGAACGCGGACUAUGGCAGCGGUGGGUUCAGUCGUGUGCGGCGCGCUGUCGAUACGAAGACGGGCGAGCUGCUGGCCAUCAAGCAGCUCCGCUCCACCUGCGCCUCAUGCACCGGCACCUGCACCCAUCUCGCCGCCGCUCGCGACGAGGUCCGCGCGAUGCGCCGAAUGCGAGGCGCGAGGCACGUGGUGGGUUAUCGGGCACACCUCUACCACGCCGCGAGCGGCAUGCACGCGAUCGUGAUGGAGGCCGCCGGUGGCGGCGAGCUCUUUUCGCGCGUGCUGGCGGGGCUGACGGAGGCCGAGGCUCGGCCCAUCUUUGGGCAUAUGGCCGCGGGCGUCCUGGAGAUGCACACCCGUGGGGUGGCGCACCGUGACCUCAAGCUCGAGAAUGCGGUCUUCGACGCGGACGGCGCGCUGCGCUGGAUCGACUUUGGGCUGGCAAAGGUCUUUGAUGCGGCCCUCAGCGAGACCGAGCGGAGCCCGAGCGCGGCCGCGCGCCAACCCGCUGCCGGGGGGCUCUUCAGCGCAUGCGGCUCCGACUCCUACCUCGCCCCCGAGGUGUACGCGCUGCGCAAGAGCAACACCUCUGGCUCUGCGAGCAGCCUGGUGCCGGGCUACGAUGGAUACGCUGCGGAUAUGUGGUCGCUCGGGAUCUGCCUGUUUGCGAUGGUGGCGGGCAUAUUUCCCUUCACUUCGGCUGACGUUGCGUCGCCGCUGCUGGAGCAGAUGGCGGUGGCGCAAGCGGCAGGCGAGCCGAGCGUUCCGCUCAUCUUUGAGUACUAUGGCCGGCCGUGCACCCUCACGGCAGCUCUCCUCGGACUGCUCGAAUCGCUGCUGCGAAUCGACUGGCGGUUGCGACCGUCGGCGGAGAGCGUGGCGAGCACACCGUGGCUGUGCGCGGGGGGGCUGCAAGCGCGGGCGCUCCGACGCGUCGCCGCAGACCCCAAAGGAUGGGCAGAGGAGGAGGAGCUCAAUGGCACCGUCAUCGACUCCCGCGUUCAUCGAUUGCGCGUGCGAGGAGCAGCUCUUUGCUCCCAAGCGCCUCGCCUUCUCUAG